AAGUUUCCUUACGCCAAACGUGUUGGAAGAGAGCCGUUGUAAAAGUAGACGUUGGAUUGAAAAGCUGAAGCAUCAAUUUAUACCGUUGGGGUUUCCAAUUCAAAUUCACUAGAUCUUAAAUCUGCGAGGUUAAACCAGAAAAGUUCCACAACAGACACGCGCAAGGAAUUUCUGUAACUGAAUCUUAGCUUUCUUUUCUGGUGACAUUCUGAAUUGUGCGGGAUCGUUCUAUAUGGGCAGAGAGAUUGUGGCACAGAAUCCACAUUCCAUACCGAGGAUUAGUGCAUUAUCUGUUGCUUCCUAUGAAUAUGCGUGCUAGGGCUGGCUGCCAGAACGAGAACAAGCGCGGUAUUUCACGGCCGGCGGCAGCAGCAAAAGGUCCCGCAAUGGCAGCAGCCAACAACCAGAAGGCAGUAGUAGCCAAUAACAAUAGGAGGGCCUUGGGAGAUAUUGGCAAUCUGGUGGGAGCUUUGAAUACUAGAUGUGUCAUCAGCAAAGAUGGAGCGGCAGAGAGGGUUCGAUCAAAUCUGAUUGCCAAUGCGAACAAACAAGCAAGUUCCAGCUCUCAGGUAGAGUUUAUUGCCGUCAGGGCAGAGGUAAAAGCAGAGGCAGGAGCAGUUUGGGGAAACAAACAGAAGCGCACUAACAGGAGGAGAGGACAAGGUGCCACAGUUGCAGAAGAGAGUAAUGAUGUGCGUAGCAGCACAGAUUCAGUUGCCACAAAUGAAAUAUUUAAAACAGCUUCACAGAAAUUCAGAGGACUAUCCCUAACGAAAUCUUUAACAGCUACAAGUGAGAGUGCCUGCAAGGACUUACAAGACCUUCCUCCUAGCAUUGAUGAUGGAGACCUGCAAAAUCAAUUGGCUGUUGUUGAGUAUGUCGAAGAUAUAUACAAGUUCUACCGAAAGACUGAAAACUUGAGCUGCGUACCUCCAGAUUAUAUGUCAAGGCAGGAAGAAAUAAAUGACAAGAUGAGGGCAAUUCUUAUAGAUUGGUUGAUAGAGGUGCAUCUGAAGUUUGAACUGAUGCCCGAGACAUUAUAUCUCACUGUGAAUGUGGUUGAUAGAUAUCUUUCUAUUGAAAGGGUUACAAGGAGAAAAUUGCAGUUAGUGGGACUCACCGCAAUGUUCAUAGCUUGUAAAUAUGAAGAAAUUUGGACACCAGAGAUUAAGGACUUCGUCAGCAUAUCAGCUAAAGAGUAUACAAGGGAGAAUAUCGUGGCCAUGGAGCAUACAAUGUUGAAUCGGUUGAAAUUCAAUUUCACUGUUCCAACUCCCUAUGUUUUCCUAGUUAGAUUUCUGAAGGCAGCUGAUGCUGACAAACAGAUGGAAAACCUGGCAUUCUUCUUUGCCGAGCUUUGUUUGCUUUAUUACGUUCUGAUCAAAUAUAGCCCAUCUAUGAUUGCCGCUGCUUCUGUAUACACUGCCAGGUGCACUCUCAAAAAGGAUCCAUGUUGGACUAAAACACUAAGCCUUCACACAGGUUACUCUGAAGCAGACCUGAAGGAAUGUGCACACUGGAUUGUUAUGUUCUACCGAAAUGCAGGAGAAAGUAAGCUGAAAGUUGUACAUAAGAAGUAUUCAAGUCCUUUCUUUGGCUCUGUUGCACUACUAAAACCGGUGAGCUUGCCUCCAGAUGAUAGCAGCAGCUCCAGCAACUAAUCAUAUCGUCAUCGAUUUAUAUUAUAUUACGAAGUAAAUAGCUAGUGACAGAAGUGCAAAAUAGUAAAUAGCUAAUGAGUUCUUGCUUGAAAGAACCUAUUCCUUUGUUGAAGUGUGGAUUUAAACCAUUUUACUUUUGAAUUGCCAUGUGAGCAUUAUCUUAUAUGCCUGACUUUUGAGGUCAAGAUGUUUUCAAGGAACUUGACUAUUGUAUAGACUAAUAUUUUUUAUAUAAUCCAUUUUUUUU